UCGAUCAGUCGCGUGUUAGUCCACCGUGACAUGGAGGAUCUACUGCUGCAGAUCGUCCGAGAAUCGAGCAAUGCAAAAUUACAAAACUUGCGUAAAUCGGCGCAGGAAGCUUAUGACUUUCUGGAUAAGCAGCAGGGGUUGCUACGCGAUCCGCCCCACGAGCUGCGUGGAAAAUGUCUACACACGUUUCAGCUAGCGCUCGAAACGAAGAGGAACAAGUUCGUCGUCCUCGGUUUGCUGGGAUUACACAAAAUGCUGCGGGACGACAGGUUUCAAUCGCCCUACGAGCCAGAAGACGACUCUCUCUGGCUUCCCGCACAAAUGUUGCACGCGAUGGGUUCCAUGCUCUCGCAAUCGGACGACACGCAGACGGACAUGCUAAAAGUUUUAUUACAAGUAGCUUGUUCGCCGUAUUGGACGAUGAAUGGGCGUCUGAUAAUUGCCAUCCUUACUACCUGCUGCGAGGCGUUUGAAAACGGUAGUCAGGCGGUGAGGACCGCGGCUCAGGCGGCGACCAGUCAAACGCUCCGAUCUUUCUGCCUUUUCCUAGAUGAGGAAUGUCAGGAAAUGGACGAGAACGCGAAGAAGAACAAGAAUGUUUGGGAAAGAGGCGUUUCCUGCUUUAACGAAGCUCUGCCUAUACUUCAGUACAUUUGUAGUAAGCUGGACGAAGCUCAAAAUAAUGGCAGGAACGGGAACACAGUGGUGUUUUUACUGGAAUGUCUGCACACCUUGAUUUCCUCUUUGCCUCAGAAGAUUCACACAAACGCGCACUUCACAACCUUUUUGUGGCAGAAAUUCUGUCCAGCGUUGAUAGCUUUUCUGGGCACGCCGAGGGUUGAUAAAACGUUUACAUCCAGGGAGGGGAAGGAGAAUGAGAUUGGCAGAGGAUCCGGAUACCUGGCUACUUCCCUCAGCUUCGACAGUCAUCAAGCAAAAACUGUUUAUAGCAUCGGAACAGAGUUAGUUCGAUUAGUCGGUUGCGUGGGACCCCUCCGUCCGGUUUUGGAAUCAGUAUUUCACAGAAUGUUACUGUACCCUCCACCCCAGCAACGAUUGGAACCCUUAAAGGCCCUGAAGGAACUUUUACGAAGUCCCAGUCGAAUGGUCGAUUUCGCUGGGCCGUUGUUAGUAGAAGAAGAUAAAUCUAGUCAUAUCCAGAGCGACAUGGCAUUGAUGAGACUAGCGAUGGACUCGAUAGAAGAGUCAACAGCUGGUGGCUUGAGCACGAUACACGCAAGUGUUUCUUGCGUCGUCGCAAUGCUCUCUGCGCUUCAGGAAUUGUGCGAGGGGAAGGCUAUUAAUCAUACGUACACGUGCACGAUCAAUAGUUUGUACGAAGAUCUGGAAUCAUGCGACUAUAAAGGACCUCUGACCUAUCAGAGUAUGGCGCGAUUACCAAAAACCUACAGAGAGCAGUUGGAGUUAAUGAAAAAGGGGAUGGGAUCUGACUCUGACUCGUCAGGGCAUGGACCAUCGGAGGAUGGCGACUCCACUGACACGGAGGGUCCGCAGAACGAAUCUGACGAGGUCCAAGAAGACAACAGCUUAGACGACAACGAAUACUCGAUUGAAAACGAGAGGGAGAGACUGAGGCUGGAAAAAUUACCAAAGUGUCUUCACGUCGGUCGUCAGGUAGCCGACGAGUGCAACGUGGACAUGGAGAGGCACAACGCUAGGAAAUUUGUGAAGACUUUGAAGACGGAUUUAAUACCGAUGGUACUGAGUCUUAGGAGCAAUAUAGAAGUCGACGAGGCUCUGCAGAACUUCGCUUCGGAAUAUUGCCAAGGUGUCUUCACUGCUCAGCAGAAGAUGCAAGAACAAACGGAUACCAGCACCGAUUCGUGUGCCUUGAUCACGAUCAUGAACGCCGAUGGAAUUUACUUGGCUACGUACGCCGCGUUGUUGUUGAAUUUGAAGUUGAUUAGGAUUAAUUAUUACCACGAUGAUAAUCAUCAAGUUCCAAUUAGUGAGGAACAAUUUGUGGAAGAAGUGCACGGAUCCGGAGUUUUGGUGUAUCUAUCAGCAACUUGGUUGUCCGAACUCUAUCAGCAGGUUCUGGCUUGCAAUUUAUUAGAGAAAUGUGGCUACAACCCUCAUUACACGGAAAACAGCGCACUGAUAAAUGUAUUAACCGACGUCGACGGUAUCCCCGGUAGUCAACGAGGCGGACAGCUUUUGUCUGACUAUAUACGAUUGGAGAAAGCUCAGUUAUCUCGAAGCGAGCCGACACCGGAAGCGGAGGCUGGUGCCAAACUGUCGAGGAGAGUACUGACAUGCUGCUGGGGAAGCAUGAUGACCGUAUUGACUACAGGAUUGAACCCACCCAAGGAACAGAAUAAUAAAGGAAUUCUAAGUAGAGACGGUAGCAGGCGGAGUGUCAGAGAUAUCGUGGUGUUAGCAUUGGAGGGCCUUCACAAAGCUGCUAUCUUGAGCAACAUACUUGGACUGCAAAAUCGUUGCGGUUCGAUAUUCUCUCAGUUAGUGAAAGCUGCCUGCACGGAGCAGUCGAUAUCAAAAAUUACGAGGACGAAAGACGUUCUUCGUCUGAAAUUACAAAACAGGGCAACGAAUAUUCAUACGUCGCACGCUUUAAGCAUGGAUGUUAUUCUGGGCAAGGGUUUGGAACUCGGUAGCCACGGCAGCGAUUGCUGGCCACAUGUUUUUACGUGUUGCCUCUACGUGAGCAAAUUAGAACACGAUUUCUUUGGGAGAAACCAAAAUCCAUCGUUGCCUAAGACUCAGCAGAAGAAAGAGAAGAAAGAUGCAUCGAAUAGUGACCCGAAAGGAAGUCAAGAUAGAUUAAAGCUCAACUUUAACAUUGCCGAUGAAGAAGAAACUUGCGUUGACGUCUACAGCUUUUUAUCUAGUCCAUAUACACAAAAUCCCAGUACAGAUACCAUCCCAGAAAUCAUCCAAGAAUCAAACGCAGACAGCCAAUUCAAUGGAAUACUUCCGGCUGAUUACGCAGCGAAAAUCAUCUGCGUGUUGUCCCAGCAAGUUGACAGAUUGUUCGAAAACGCCGCACUGAAAUUAAAUCUCCGAGCCCUGUGCUCGUUCCUAAUGGCUCUCUGCAAAGCUAGCAAAGCGCAGUUAUUCAAAACGACUGACGGUUCUAAGGACAAUAAACGAUUUUGGUGGAGAAGAAGCAAACCGAGAGAAAACGAGAUGAACGUGUUACUACUGGCACGUUUAGGAGAAGUUAUGUUAAAAUGUGUGAAGAGCGGAAGACCGCUGAUUCAUAUAAUGAGGGUUUGGAGUAUUUUGGGGCCACAUUUCAUGGAGGCGGCCUGCCACAAAGACCGUAGCAUUUCGAAGAAAGCUGUUCAAUGCAUCCAUGAUUCGAUGGCAGCUCUAUUAAACGAACAGGUCGAACUGCCACAUUUUCAUUUCAACGAAGCGCUCUUCAAGCCGUUUGAAAAUCUCUUGUGCCUGGAACUCUGCGACAGCGAUGUUCAAGAUCAAAUCGUUAGCUGCAUCUGCGAGUUCGUCGAGACCAACAGGACCGAGAUUCGAUCAGGGUGGCGGCCGCUGUUCGGCGCGUUGCGGGUAGCUUCGGUAGGCAAUUCAGAUUCCGUCGAGUCCGCGCCGCUGUUAGAAGUCUUCCGGGUCUUCCUGUCCACGGACAACACGCUGGUGUUCGCCAACGCAGCGCUAGAUUGCAUCCUCUGUUUGUUGAGACACGCGCGCGGCAUGGGCGAGACGGACAAUCAUCAGGAUGAGCAGGAUCAACUGGACGCUGCCGAGUCCAGAAGAAUGAGGCUCUGCGUAGAGAGCUUGAAAUAUCUUCUAAGCUGCAGCGAUAUUCUAGCUUCGAUGUACGGCAUGCCAGCUUGCCCGAUCUUUCAUUCCGCUCAGAGAAUCCAAGUCUCGACCAUCCCUCAAUACGUCGACCCCACGAUUCCCAAUUCAGAGGUGAUCAGAUUUGAUAAACACGCGGAGUCGAUUCAGGAAACUAUACCUGAGAGAUCGCACGAUAUUCUGAUGGAUAACGUUUACACUAUCACCACAUUGCAAAGCAUGGACAAGCCCAGCGGUAUUUUAAGGGUCUGGUACAUUCUGAUCGAGGGUUUGGCUAGUGCCACUAUGAUAUGCCCCAAACGAUAUCAGCCGCAUACUCUGGAAACGCUGUUCCAUUUGUUGAGGGAUACAUUAAAUGUCCCUGGACCAGCUUUCGGACUGUACUGCGUGAAUCAUUUGUUGCUGCCGAUGGUUCAAAACUGGCUGAGGAGGACGUCGAAGAUUUUCAGAGGGUGGGACAAUUUCGCACCUAAUUUUAAACAAUGCUGCGGACUCACCACGGAUCUGGUCGUCGACUAUCUGACGCAUUUGCAAGGACCUGAGGUGGACAGGAACGACGCUUAUUUAACCGCGACGACGCUGAUGUUGAAGCAAUUAUUGUUGGUGAUGGCUGAGUGCGUGGUCCAGCCCACAGAAAGCAUAGCUCGACUCGGUUGCGCCUGUAUUAGGCACGUUUUGGUGAGCAGCGGGCCGCUUCUUACUCCGGAACAAUGGGAGGUUUGUGGGGUGGCUUGCUUCCGCGCUUGUUCGAAUUCGCUGCAGGAGCUGCACCAGUUGACCAUGGCUUUCUCGCCGAGGUCCGAGUCAUUUUACGGAGACGUGGCGCAGGUGAAGGUCGCGGCGCGACGCGAUGCCACAGCUGAGGAGUCCGAACGUUUGCGACAACUCACCGCUCAGGUGUUCCUCUUGGAGGAACAACGCGGUGAAGACCCUGCCAGGAGACUCGACGACAGAUCCUACAUUUUCCUCCUGUAUCCACCCUCGGUGGGUUCUACCCUCAAUCCCGAUCUUUAUAUCGUUAGAGUUCAGCUGAGGGCACUGGUGGUCGGUCUUCUGGUCCACCAAAUGCUUCUCCACUGUGUCGCCAGUGUCCUUCUUCGAGGGCCUGACUCGUCUUUUCCUAGUUUGUCAAACGUGAUACCGCAGUCAGCCGUGCCAACAUCACCGAAAGCAUUCAUCCCCGGGUUUUUAUCACACCUAAGCGCUCAUCACGUGGACAUCUUCUUAUCAGUAUUGGACCUAUCAUACGCUACAUCCCUGAAAUUCGACUCCCGUCCCGGUUUGAAAUUCUUGCUACAAAAAGUAGCCAAUUUGCCCCAGCCAGCGAACUUGUACCGGCAAGCUGGCGUAGCUUGGACCAUAAAAAUCGUCACAUUAUUCGAAAUCUGUCUUCAUGAGAUAGAAGAAACCGAGACCUCUUUGGACACCGUGAAAAUUAUCCUGAAUUCCGAUGAAAAAGGUUCUCUGAAGGAUCCGAAUCUUCAGAAACUGUCAAAAUAUUUGAGACAAUUACGUACCACGUUCGAAGAACUUUGCGAGAGUUACGUGGAUGUCGUCCUGGACGAGGACGGGAAACAUGCCAAAGUAGACAAUUUCUCUGAUAGGAAGAUAUAUCUGUUGAUAGCGCAACCGGACGAUUUCCCGGAGAUACCGAAUAGGGAACCGAUCAAUAGAAGAUGUUUAGCUACUCCAGCGCCAGUAAAACUACCGAGAGACAUGGAAGAAGAUCAGGACCAAGAGGUCGAAGACCAAGACGAGGAUCCCGUGGAAGAUCAAGAGGACAUCGAGAACUAUAAUCCAAAUCUGGACGACGAAAGCGGUUUGGAGGAGCUUGGGCCGGAGUGCGAGGACGAUCCCAGGCCGUUCAGACUGUCUGACCUAGCGGUGGAGUACUCUACUGAUUCCGGGCCGCAGUCUGAGCCAGAAACGGACGACUCCAGGCCACUGUCCAGAUUAGGAUCUGUUACAGAGAGGACUGUGUAUCCAGACAGAUCCGGAGGAACUUCUAGCGAAGGAUACAUCGACGGAAAAUACAGUUCCAUCACCCCGGCACCUCAGCAAUUAAUUAACGAGGAAGAUAAUCUGUUUUAUAAGCUCGGAUCUUUGAGGAGAACGGAAUCUGUCGAUUCUUUCGGCACUUCUGUAUUGGAAUUGAAGUCGACGCAUUGUGGUUUGACUUACGAGGAGCUGAGUUCUCUGCGGAGAUUGAAGUUGCAGAGAAGAAGAAGUGACGCGUGUCUAGUGACGAGGAAAAGUUCCCUCAGAUUCGUUGAACCGAUUGGGAUGGAUGAUUCUGAGAGGCUGCCGCGCUUCAGUGCGAAUCAUUUCCGAUGUAGAUCCGUGAUAGAAAUGAGGAGAACCGCCGCGUCGACUGUGUCAAAUUCCUCAAACGACUUGGACAUGUCGCCAAAAGUUUCGUCGAAGAUCGAGGAGAACGCAGAGCAAAAUUACUCGCCUAAGAUCUUUGACAACAUCGACGAGCUGUUGUGUGACUACGAACGGAGUAAACGAGGCUUUCGAACGAAUCCGUUUUUGAAGAAAGAGGAGGAGGAAGUCAAUGAUAGUAUAGAGCUGCCGAGUCAGGAGUCGGUGUUUCAGAAGAGGACUCAAGUCUGCAAGGAUAGCGAGGCGCAUAGAAAAGCUUGGGCCGAAAUGCUGAGCACUGUGCUCGAUUGGACCUUGGCUUUGUCUGACGAUCAACUGAUUCCGUUGCUUCCUGUUUUCGUGAGCGGCGUGCGGAUGUUGACGAGACACGCAGUUGACCAGGUUUUAAAGCAGCGGCUGUCUGCCCUGUUCCACCGAAUUGCUGUACUGUACGGGCUAACGAGCAAUUAGGGACAGCUUCAAUACAUCUGGGAACAGAUGUAUUUUCACAGCACCUUCUAAAACCGCUGGCCAACACGACACUGAUUUAGAAACUUAUUUAUGUAUUCUCGUGAUUGAUGUGAAGAACAAGCUCUCAUUCGCUGAUUUUUCAUCAAGGUAAAUUGGAUUUCAGUCAAUAUAGUUUUCAAUAAAAUAAGAAAGACUAAUCGUCAGAGUCAAUGUUAGCAAAGAGCAGAUUAAUUCUAUCAAAAAAGCAUACUACUUCUUAAAUCAUAAAUUCUUUGCUAUUAUAACUAAAAAUCAGGAUCAUUAUAAAUCUAAACAUUCACGGUGUUUACAAAAACAACUUUCGAUUUUUCAAAGUAUAGUUACUAAAGAAUUGCAGAGAAUCACAAUAUUAUCAAGGAUGGAUAAAUCUGAAUAAUUCUCUCAGCGAAAAUGCGAGAUUUCCGAGAGCAGAUGAAAACUAAAGAGAAUUCCUCGUGAUUAAUUGAGAACCAAGUGAAACGAUAUUUAUCGGCAAGAGGAACCUUUUAAAACUGUGGACUGUCUCUAGUCCGCUGGACGCGUCGACACGGAGAGACAAGGAUUUUAUUUACGAUCAGCUCCGCACGCACAUCGUCUUCGAUCCUCUCGUUUUAUGCUCUUUGCGUUUAACUGUAGUUUGCGGUCCACUCGCAGAGCGUCGGGAGGCUUUGCGACCAGCGGAAUCACCGAACGGACGUAACACACGGCCAGAGUUUCGAUACGUUUCGUGAACAGCCUAAAGAUUCUUUGAAAUCUCCGAAAAGAUGGAUUCCCCAUCUCUUAAUAAAAAUCUGGUUGGCUUACAAGAACAAUUUUAGGAGAAAUCGAAUUUAGGAAUAUGGAAGGAAUGGAUUAUGACUUUUUGAAUUUGUUGUCUCCGAAGUAUUCAUCCCUGUUAUAGUUAUUGUUGCUUUCUUUCAUGAAUGAACCAAGUGUCGGAGAGUUAUUAAAAGCAAAGGGGGAGUAAUUAAGUUGUUACGAGUUACGGAAUGAAGGAAGAAGGAGAAAUAAUUGGGAUAAGAAAGUCGAGUUGCUUUAUGAUGUUGCCAAAAACGUUCUUAUGUAAAAGAAUCGUAGAAUCGAAACAGAAAUGAAGGAACGAUUGCUAUGACAUUUUAUUGUAAAUAGUACUCUUGAGGGUAGAGAUCGUUUAUCGUUGAUUUUCAUGUUUAGCCGACGACUAGUAAAUGGUUCUCCGUUUCAAUUGUCGCUUCGAUAUAUACUAUAAUCUCAUAUAUAUUAUACACAUAUAUUUUGUAUAUCGUUUGUAAGUUAGGGAUGAAACGAAGAAUAAUUACCAACCGUUGUAUAAAUCAAACCAAUAUUCCCGAAAAUCCUGCGAUUCCAUCGGUGUUGUAAGUAUUGUUGAACGUCGGAUUGUUAACAAAACGAAAAUGUGGAGGGUUUACUAAUUGAUAAUAAAAGGUGCCUACGUAGACCCUUUGUUUUCCUUUCCUGUUUAUUAUUGUAUAACGAGAACUACGAAUAAUCGAACACAUCCUUUAAAUAAAACUGUGGACAGUAUUAACGAUAAUAAUAGUGUUUUUAAUCCAACUAACCAUUAUUGUAAUGUAAGAACGUGUAACGUUCACUUAUUCCAAGUUAUAAUAAAAUUGUACAAUUAUAUUACUGUGAUUGGUAACUGAA